AUGAGCUUAUUAAGAUUGCUGAGUUGCUUGUUUUUUGUGUGUAUUAACUCACCAGGGAUUACUCCAGUCCUCGCAUCAGAUCCCUUGAUUGUUGAGAUUCCGAAUGGAAAACUGCGUGGAAGGGAUAAUGGAACCUACUACUGCUUCGAAUCGGUGCCAUACGCAGAGCCUCCAAUCGGCGAACUUCGAUUUGAACCUCCACGUCCUUAUAGUCGUCUGUGGACGGACACCUUUGAUGCCACCCAACCGCCUGUGUCCUGCAUGCAGUGGAAUGAAUUUAUCAGAGAAAGCAAUAAGCUAGUGGGUCAAGAGGAUUGCCUCACUGUUAGCAUCUAUAAACCGAAGAGCAGCAGUCGGAAGUGGUUUCCUGUUCUUGUCCUUCUGCAUGGAGGUGGCUUUAUGUCCGGUGGAUCUGCAGUCAAUGGGCACGAGUACAUUAUGCGGGCAGGAACUUUAAUCUUGGUGAAAAUAAACUACCGCGUAGGGCCGUUGGGCUUUGUGAGUACCGGAGACCGAGAGUUGCCGGGCAACAACGGAUUGAAGGACCAAAGAUUAGCCCUUCAAUGGAUUAGACAUAACAUAGCUAGAUUUGGUGGUCUGCCAGAGAAUAUCGUGGUCAUUGGUCAUUCUGCAGGCGGAGCAUCAGCCCAUUUGCAGCUCCUCCAUGAAGAUUUCGGUGGAUUGGCCCGGGCGGCCAUAUCGGUGAGUGGAAAUGCCCUCGAUCCUUGGGUCGUCCAGGAAGGUGGUCGAGGCCGAGCCUUUGAACUAGGUCGCAUUGUCGGCUGUGGACUGGCUAAGGACUCCGCCACACUCAAGAGUUGCCUAAAAUCCAAGCCUGCCAGUGAAAUAGUGUCCGCUGUCAGCAGUUUCCUGGUGUUUUCAUACGUGCCCUUCUCCACUUUUGGCCCCGUCGUGGAACCAGCAGACGCUCCCAAGGCAUUCCUUACCCAGCACCCCAGAGAGGUUAUAAAAAGCGGAAAGUUUGCCCAAGUGCCUUGGGUUGUCUCCCACACCACCGAGGAUGGCGGCUAUAAUGCAGCUACGCUGUUGGAACAGAAUCGAACCACCGGAGAGACAUGGAUUGAGAAACUUAACGAUCGCUGGUUUGACUUGGCGCCUUUCUUGCUCUUCUAUCGAGACUCGAUUAAGAGCGUUGCGGACAGGAAUGAAUUCUCUUGGAAUCUACAGCAACAUUACUUGGGAGAUCGUCGAUUUAGUCUGGAAAGCUAUUGGGACGUGCAGCGCAUGUUUACAGAUAUCCUUUUCAGGAACAGUAUGUGGACAUCAUUGGAUCUUCAUCGUAGACAUGGAACGAGUCCUCUGUACUCGUUUGUCUACGAUAAUCCAACGGACUCUGGAGUUGGACAGGUGCUGUCCAAUCGCACGGAUGUAUAUUUUGGUACUGUCCAUGGCGACGACUUUUUCCUUAUAUUCGACUUGGGCGCAUUGCGAACUUCUAUUCGUCCUGAUGAGCAAGUUAUUUCAGGACAGUUUAUAAAGAUGCUGGAAGAUUUUGCCCUUUCCGAUAGUGGAGAAUUAAUAUUUGGCAAUUGCCAAUUGCGGAAUAAUAUAAACAGUGAAAAUUUUCAGUUCCUCAGAAUAAUAAAACAUGUUUGUAUAAACGAGGAAUAUUCUCAGUUUCCCUAA